GCCCAGCAGCAGAGAGAGAGAGAGCGAGAGAGAGAGAGAGAGAGAGGAAGGAAAAGUUUGCCAAAUGGAUUUCUUCGGGGGAGUCAGACCUUUAUUAUUUUCAUAUUUUCUCAUUAACGGUAUAUUAAUUACAUUACAGACUAAAGAAGAGGUUCUUUUGGAUAUGAGGGCAACAGGAGGUGAACUGGGCUGGCUGACAUGGCCCUUAGAGCAGGGAGACAGGCCCGGGUGGGAGGUCGUCCAGAGGACUCUGAAUGGCUCUCAGUUCUACACCUACUCCGUCUGCAACGUGGGCGAACGGGAGCAGGACAACUGGCUGCGCACCACCUUCAUCCAGCGGCGGCCGUCGGCCUCGCGGGUUUUCGUCGAGAUCCAGUUCAUCGUGCGCGACUGCAACUCUUUCGACGGCGCCUCGCUGACCUGCAAAGAGACCUUCAACCUCUUCACGUCAGAGUCGGACGCAGACGUGGGGACGACCUUCCGCAAGGGCCAGUUUAAGAAAGUGGCCACGAUAGCUCCCGACGAGAUCACCAGCAAAAACGAGAUGCGCAUCAACAAAGAGACGCGAGUGGUGGAGAGCCUGUCUCGAAAAGGUUUCUACCUGGCCUUUCAGGACAUCGGGGCGUGCGUUGCGCUCCUCUCUGUCCGGGUCUACUACAAAACCUGCCUGGCCACAGUGAAGAGCCUCGCCUCGUUCCCCGAGACCGUGGCCGGAGGUGAAAACCAGGCUCUCCGGGAAGUGAGCGGGGUGUGCGUGGAUAACGCCGUCAGCGAGGAGUUGCCUCGCAUCUACUGCACCGUGGACGGGGAGUGGGUGGUGCCGGUCGGGCAGUGCCAGUGCAAACCAGGCUAUGAGGAAGUAGAAGACGCCUGUCAAGAAUGUCAGCCCGGCUUCUUCAAAGCUGCAGCAUCCGGGGAGAAGUGUGAGCCGUGCCCUGCAAACACCCAGAGGCAGGACUCUGGGGCUUUGGUUUGUCCCUGCACGGACGGCUUCUACCGGGCCCUGACCGACCCCCCCACCGGACCCUGUUCAGGCCUCCCCUCUGCCCCGCGAGACCUCAUGGCCACCACCACCCAGCUCUCUGCGGGAAAACUCCUCCUGUCGUGGAACCCGCCUGAAGACACCGGAGGUCGCUCCGACAUCACCUACGGCGUGGUGUGCCAGCGCUGCGAGGGCGGCGCCUGUCAGCCCUGCGGGGAGAAGAUCCGCUACGACCCAUCCAGCGUUGGCCUUACUGAGACCAAGGUGUCGGUGAGCGAGCUAGACGCUCACCUCAACUACACCUUCACUGUGGAGGCUCACAGCGGCGUGUCUGUGUUUGCCAGUCAGGCGACGCCUCGGGCUCAUGGACCGCCAUCCACCACCACUCUGACUACAUCUCUGCACUACACAGAUCCCCCCAAGAUUACCGCCAUGCGACUGGUGGAGAGGACCUCCACCAGCUUGUCUCUUUCCUGGGACGUAUCUCCCCGACCACUGGCCCAACACCGGCCCGUCCGCUACGAGCUGAUCUACCGCAAGAAGGACGAUAACCUGGAUGUGACGACCUUCAUCGUGCUCAAACUGGAGAAGAACUCGGUGCAGAUCAGCGAUCUGGCCCCGGGCACAGCCUACCUGUUCAGGGUCCAGGCCCUGGGCAGCGACGGCAGCCCCGGAGGCUCCAGCGUGGAGGAACAGUACGAGACCUCUUCUGCUGAAGGACGCCUCACUCAAAGCAACACAGCAGCCGUGCUCGGUGCAGCGGUCGGAGGAGCGGCCAUGUUGUUCAUAGUGAUCGUGGUCCUGUUCCUACGCAGACGGAAGAGAAACUCUCACACCAGGCAAGGACCAGAGGACACCUACUUCUCCAGCCCAGAGCAACUGAAGCCUCUGAAGACCUACGUGGACCCACACACAUACGAGGACCCCAACGUAGCCGUCCUGAAGUUCGCCACUGAAAUCCACCCCAGCCACAUAACCAAACAGAAAGUCAUUGGAGCUGGGGAGUUUGGCGAGGUGUACCGGGGGAUUCUGAGGGUGCCGGGGAGGAAGGAGGUGGCGGUGGCGAUCAAGACGCUGAAGCCCGGCUACACGGAGAAACAGAGGCAGGACUUUCUGAGCGAAGCCUCCAUCAUGGGUCAGUUCUCUCACCAGAACAUCAUUCGCCUGGAGGGGGUGGUCACCAAAUGUAAGGAUUUCUUCAAACACGCCAUGAUCGUGACUGAAUACAUGGAGAACGGAGCACUGGACAGGUACCUGAGGGACCACGACGGUGAGUUUUCCUCCUUCCAGCUGGUGGGCAUGCUGCGCGGCAUCGCUGCCGGCAUGAAGUACCUCUCUGACAUGAGCUACGUCCACCGCGACCUGGCUGCCCGCAACAUCCUCGUCAACAACACCCUGGAGUGUAAAGUGUCCGACUUCGGCCUGUCCCGGGUGCUGGAGGACGAUCCCGAGGGGACGUACACCACGAGUGGAGGUAAGAUCCCCAUUCGCUGGACGGCUCCAGAGGCAAUAGCGUACAGGAAGUUCACCUCAGCCAGCGACGUGUGGAGCUUUGGCAUCGUCAUGUGGGAGGUCAUGGCGUUUGGCGAAAGGCCUUACUGGGACAUGAGUAACCACGAGGUGAUGAAGGCCAUCAACGAGGCGUUCAGGCUGCCGGCGCCCAUGGACUGCCCCUCGGCUGUUUACCAGCUGAUGCUGCAGUGCUGGCUUCAGGAUCGCUCCAAGAGGCCACGCUUCGGAGACAUCGUCAGUCUGCUGGACAAACUGCUGCGGAGCCCAGAGUCCCUGAAGACCAUCGCAGACUUUGACCCACGCGUAUCCAUCCGCCUGCCCAGCACCAGCGGCUCGGACGGUUCCCCCUUCAGGUCGGUGUCCGAGUGGCUGGAGUCCAUCAAGAUGAGCCAGUACAGCGAGAACUUCACGUGCGCCGGGAUCGUCACCAUGGACCAGGUCCUGCAGAUGAAGAACGAGGACAUUAAGAACAUCGGGGUGAGGCUCCCUGGCCAUCUGAAAAGAAUCGCCUACAGCAUCUUGGGUCUGAAGGACCAGACCAGCACCCUGAGUGUGUUUGCAGUGUGAUCCUGACGCCGACGGAGGGAAUUAAAAUGGGGCACUGACGCCAGGCGGCCCUCUGAACUCUGAGCUGAGCCGGAGCGACACUGCAGGGACGCCGCUCGAUCGGCGGAACCAAGAGAAAACGUCUCGCCAUCCUUUGGGGCCAACUGACUUAACUCAGACUGACUUACUGUACAUUUUUUUUUUGUUUUUAUUUCUUCAUCUUAUCCACACGGGAAAGGAACAAAAUAUACAACGAUAGAUGUAUCAGUUAGACUCUGUAUAUUUAGAUAUCUAUUUUUUAUUACUCAUGUCUUCUGUACAGAUACAAUCCAUUGCUCAUGCAUUUAUUUUAAUUUUUUUUUUUUUCUUCAUUUCACAUUCCGGCUUCAUAAACAUCAACAAUCGAGCCAGUUCGUUCUGGGAACAGCUUCAACUGCAGAAACUGCACCCUGAGCUCGUCGCCCCCCCCCCCCCACUGCACGGUGCAGUGUGACAGUAUGGGAGCUAGAGGAAUUCAGCCUCGGCUCAGUCUGUGGUUGGUGCUGAUGUCAUGGCGUCCCCCCCCCCCUUUUAAUUGGCACUUUGGUCCACUUCCUGUUAGACCAGUGAGGAUGGAGCGCCAAGAGAGAGAGGAAAAGAAAAAGAAAAAAAGAAAAGAGGGUGAGCUGGCCCAGAGUAAAAGAGACGGUGACGCUCAGGUGUGUAAACACAGACUGACCUUCUGCUGGCUCCGUGCUGAGAUUAAGCUAUAAUCAUAUACGUGGUGUUAGGACAUAUAUGAGGUACUCUUUGUGUACAGAUUUUUUACCAAAAAUAUUGAGAAUUUUAUAUAAUGUAGCACUUGGAUCAAGAAUCACAUGAUCUCUUGGUUUGUCUCAACAAAAACAAAUGGUAUCACAGUCAGAAAUCAAUUAAAAAGUCAAUUAAAUCAUUUUCAAUUACAGUGCAGUUUAUCUAUUUGUAGUGUGCCGGUAAUGAAGAGGGAGAUGGUGAAGUUUGCCAUUAAUGAAUUUACUCCCCCCCCCCCCCCCCCCCCCCCCCAACUCCUAAGAAGAAAAAAAGAAAAAAGAACUUCAUGAUGAUGAUUUUUGUUGUGGUUGAAAUGAUUUCAUACUUAAUAAUAGUUUUUUUGGUUUUUCAAUUUCAACGUUUCUCGUUUUGUUUUUGUAGAAGCGACAAAGAUCCACCGCUGUUGGUUUGAGUGACACGUUGACGGGAUUAAACUAAACAAAAAAAAAAAUACAUAAGCUUUUGACAAUUCAGCGCUCGACAUGUAAAGACAUUUUGAAGUGCCUGUCUGUGGGAGCCCCCCCACCCCCCCCCAGUGCUCCUCUCUUAAUUGAUGACUGCAAAAUCAUUGUGUUACUGACGUGCACCUUCCUCUACUUGAAUUUUUACUGUGUUUUUCAAAUGUAUCUCUGAUUCUCUUGUAGCUGAUGAUAGACCCAUCUUUGGAAAAGGGAUUUUGUUACUUUUGUAUGAUUUCACUAUUUGCCAUAUUAACAAACUGAUCAGUUCCCAUCACUGUCCUCCAAAAGCCACGUCUCCUCCUUCUGCUGCCUUUCCAAACAUUUUGAGAGUUCCUUCAUAAAAGAGCAAACUCCUUCCCUUUUGCCUGUUGUUUUAUACUGUAUUUAAUAGUCUAUUUAUUUUUUACUUUUAUUUAUUUAUCCUGAUAAACACUGAGCUGGGAUUAUAACUGAAGGUUGCGCUCUCAUUCUUGAUAAUAAUAAUAAUAAUGAAAAAAAAAAAGCUCUAAUGUCCCUCUUUUUAUUCCUGAAUUAUUCACACCUGAGAUUGUCUUCAUUUGCAUUUUUGGAGCAAUAAAGUCUUAAAUUAAAUUUUG